AGCGCCUCAGCUCCUGCAGCUUCCCGGGAAUGCCUCAUCCAGCCUCUCCCCAGUCCUGGCCGGACGUGCAGGAGCUGCUUUCUGCCAGGGUUCCCUAGCAGCUCGCACUGGAGAUCCAGAUCCAAAACCCACCCUCUGGCCACGGCCCCCGGAAAGGGGGCGGGUGGGGGCGCGAACCUUAUCUCGGGCUCCGCCUCCAGGGGCCGGAGCGUCCAGCGCGCGCUGCACCGGCCACCGCAGGCAGACGGGCUCCGGUCUCGGAGAAGGUGAGGGCUGCUGACCCGCUCCAGCCCAGGUCGUGCCCGGGCCGCGGUCUGUCACUCCCGGGACCUCCCAGGACCUCCCGGCCCCCGCGGAGCGCGCGGCUGCAGCUACAGCACCUCUGACCCAGGACGCGCGCCAGGAAUUCUAAAACCAAAACAGAAACAUGGCUCAUCAGAUUACAUUUCUGCGGAUGGUUUUGGUCCUGCUUCUUCAGAAUUCUGUGUUAGCGGAAGAUGGGGAAAUAAGAUCAAGUUGUCGGACUGCCCCUACAGAUUUAGUUUUCAUCUUGGAUGGCUCUUACAGCGUUGGCCCAGAAAACUUUGAAAUCGUCAAGAAGUGGCUCGUCAAUAUCACGAAGAACUUUGACAUUGGCCCAAAGUUUAUUCAGGUGGGGGUGGUUCAGUACAGUGACUACCCCGUCCUGGAGAUUCCCCUCGGAAGGCACGAGUCGGGGGAGAAGUUGCUGGCAGCCGUGGGCUCCAUCCACUACUUGGGAGGAAACACGCGGACCGGCAAGGCCAUCCAGUUUGCCCUCGACUACCUUUUCGCCAAGUCCUCCCGAUUUCUGACGAAGAUUGCGGUGGUCCUGACAGACGGCAAAUCCCAAGACGAAGUCAAGGAUGCCGCAGAAGCAGCAAGAGACAGUAAAAUCACAUUAUUUGCCAUUGGUGUUGGUUCGGAAACAGAAGAUGCGGAGCUGAGAGCUAUCGCCAACAAGCCUUCGUCCACGUAUGUGUUUCAUGUGGAAGACUAUAUAGCAAUAUCCAAGAUCCGGGAGGUGAUGAAGCAGAAACUCUGCGAAGAAUCCGUCUGUCCAACACGAAUUCCAGUGGCCGCGCGUGAUGAGAAGGGGUUUGAUAUUCUUUUAGGCUUGGGUGUAAAGAAAAAGGCUAAGAAGAGAAUUCAGCUUUCGCCAACGAAGAUAAAAGGAUAUGAAGUAACAUCAAAAGUGGAUUUAUCAGAAUCCACAAGCAAUGUGUUCCCAGAAGGUCUUCCUCCAUCAUACGUGUUUGUCUCCACUCAGAGAUUUAAGGUCAAGAAAAUGUGGGAUUUAUGGAGAAUUUUAACUAUGGAUGGAAGGCCACAAAUAGCAGUUACCUUAAAUGGAGUGGACAAAACGUUACUGUUUACCACAACCAGCGUCAUUAAUGGAUCACAGGUGGUCACCUUUGCUGACCCUCGAGUUAAGACAUUAUAUGAUGAAGGCUGGCAUCAAAUCCGUCUCUUAGUAACAGAGCAAGAUGUAACUCUGUAUAUCGACGAUCAACAAAUUGAAAACAAGCCCUUGCAUCCUGUGUUAGGGAUCUUUAUCAGCGGACAAACCCAAAUCGGAAAAUACUCUGGGAAAGAAGAAACCGUUCAGUUUGAUGUCCAAAAGUUACGAAUCUACUGUGACCCAGAACAGAACAACCGGGAGACAGCAUGUGAGAUUCCUGGAUUUAAUGGUGAGUGCCUCAAUGGACCCAGUGAUGUAGGCUCAACUGAAGCUCCCUGUAUCUGUCCUCCGGGAAAACCAGGGCUACAAGGUCGCAAAGGUGACCCUGGACAGCCUGGGAACCCUGGCUAUCCUGGACAGCCUGGUCAAGAUGGUAAGCCUGGAUAUCAGGGCGUGGCGGGAUCCCCAGGUGUUCCAGGAUCCCCAGGAAUACAAGGAGCACGCGGACUUCCGGGGUACAGAGGAGAACCAGGGAGAGAUGGUGAAAAGGGUGACCGUGGACUUCCUGGUUUUCCUGGACUUCAUGGAAUGCCAGGCUCAAAGGGUGAAAUGGGCCCCAAAGGAGAUAAAGGAUCACCUGGAUUUUAUGGCAAAAAGGGUGCGAAAGGUGAAAAGGGGACUGUUGGUUUUCCUGGCCUUCCUGGACGUGCUGGAGAACCAGGAAGACAUGGAAAGGAUGGAUUAAUGGGUAGCCCUGGUUAUAAGGGAGAAGCAGGACCUCCAGGAGCCCCAGGGCAGGAUGGAUUGCGGGGAGAGCCUGGAAUCCCAGGAUUUCCUGGAAACCAAGGAUUAAUGGGACAAAAAGGAGAAAUUGGGCCUCCAGGACCACUAGGGAAAAAAGGAGCUCCAGGGAUACCUGGCUUGAUGGGAAGCGAUGGGCCCCCAGGUCAGCCCGGAACACCAGGACCUAAGGGAAAUAAAGGUGAACCUGGACUCCAGGGACUGCCGGGGGCUUCUGGGCUCAAGGGAGAACCAGGAGCAGUGGGUCCCCCAGGAGAACCAGGAUACCUGGGCUUACCUGGAAUUCAAGGGAAAAAGGGGGACAAAGGAAAUCAAGGUGAAAAAGGCAUUCAGGGCCAAAAGGGAGAAAACGGAAGACCAGGAAUUCCAGGGCAACAGGGAAUUCAAGGCCAUCCUGGUGCAAAAGGAGAGAGAGGUGAAAAGGGAGAGCCUGGUGCCAGAGGUGCCACUGGACCAAAAGGAGAGUCUGGGGUGGACGGUGUGAUGGGGCCUGCAGGUCCCCAGGGACAGCCUGGGGAAACAGGGCCCCAGGGCCCCCCGGGCCUGGACGGCAAGCCUGGAAGAGAAUUUUCAGAGCAGUUUAUUCGGCAAGUUUGCACUGAUGUAUUAAGAGCCCAGCUACCAGCCUUGCUCCAGAGUGGGAGAAUUCAAAGUUGUGACCAUUGCCAGUCCCAGCACGGCUCCCCCGGGAUUCCUGGGCCACCUGGUCCCAUGGGCCCAGAAGGUCCCCGAGGCUUCCCUGGUUUGCCUGGAAGAGAUGGUGUUCCAGGACUAAUGGGUGCUCCCGGACGCCCAGGUGCCAAAGGAUUAAAAGGUCUACCGGGACGAAAUGGGGCAAAGGGGAGCCAAGGGCUUGGGUACCCUGGAGAACAAGGCCCUCCUGGUCCACCAGGUCCAGAGGGCCCCCCUGGAAUAAGCAAAGAAGGUCCUCCCGGAGAUCCUGGUCUCCCCGGGAAAGACGGAGACCAUGGAAAACCUGGAACCCAAGGGCAGCCUGGCCCCCCGGGCAUCUGCGACCCCUCGCUGUGUUUCAGUGUCAUUGUCGGAAGAGAUCCCUUCAGAAAAGGACCAAACUAUUAGCGUCUGAUGCCUCAUUCAGCAGCCUGGGCAUGGUGCUGUUCUUUCGUGGUCUUUGCAUCUCAGGAAGAGAACAACAGUAAUCCCUUGAAAAGAAACUAAAGUACCUCGGUGUUUUUAUUAUUGUUUUUUUCCUUAAGGAAAAAUAUAAAAGGUCACGUAUACUGAUUGUAAAGGCGCCGCGGUUAUUCGGAGCCUUUAGAUUCGUAGCAUUAACUAAAUCUCAAGGGUUUCUUAUAAGUCCAUUCGUUUUAAUCAAAAGUCGAAUAUUAAAAAAGCCACCAUCGCCUGUCAGCCGGUCAGUUUCCGUCACUGUGAAAAGUUUCACAUUCAGCUUCCGGGCAGCAGAGUAUUUGAGUUCGAUUUCUUGUCUGUGUGAAUUUGUUUCGUAUCUCCUAGCGCGUGCUUCUGCACUAGCCCAGCUGUGCCGCUGGCCGUGGGAAAGGAGGUGAGGACUGAUGUUCAGUUGGGGACAGACCACAGAGCCAUACCCGCUCCAGGGUCUGUGCUCCCUGAGCAGGGCUGAUGGGAGUUAAAUAUUCAGCGUGUUAAAUAUCACCUCUGAAAGAGAUGGAUAUGCUUCUUAUCCCAUCGGCAAAUUUGCAAAUCAUUUGAUGAAUGAUGAUGCUAAGAAAGAGCAUUGAUGACAUCAGGAGGGGUCAAAAUAUGUAACAUUAAAAACGUUCUGGAAGAAAAAGUUUCACUGUACCUGGUCAGGAUGUUCAGAGGAGUCAAGUUCAGAAGAACUAAAAAGACUUUCUUCUUCAUACUUGCUUAUUAAGUGGAAUGUUCGUUGCAUGCUUUCAUUUUCCAUUUCACUUAUUAUCUGUGUAUGUUCAUAUAUGUUAACUUUUAUUGUAGCAAAGCUAAUGGGCAUCAGUGCUCUAGUUGACAGGAAAGGCAACUCCACAGAUCCUAGGAUGUCUUGAUAUUUUUAGCAGACUUUAAAAUAUUAUAAACGGUCUUUGUGUACUGUACUUAAUGCUUCGUUGUUAAGGAACAUAAUUUGAGAUAUUUCAUCCUUAUCAUGCUCUAAAUUUUGUUACAUGCUUCUUAUUCAAAGUACAAUAAAAUUUUGUACAGGCCUGAA